GACGAGGACAGACAAACGGUAAGAGCUUUUUUUCAACAUUUUAUUUGGCAGAAUUAAGAGGUUUUAAGAAGAAAAGGCAUGUGUAUAGUGUCAGUUAUUCAGUGGAGGUGAGUGAAAGCUGUGGUCAGACUUGGAGGAUGCCUUCGAAGGGAGAGGAACAGAUGAAGACCUGCGAGGAAAACAUCCGCGCCACGUACGACAGGCAAGGCUACCUGACCUCGCUGUCUGUGUUGAGCGAGGCAGAGCUGCAGGAAGCCCAGGAAGCCUUCCGCCAGCUGGAGAAGACGCACGGUGAAGCCUACACGCAGUACAGCCUCCAUAACAUCCACCUUCAGCACAAAUGGGCCAUGGAUCUGGCCAAACACCCCAAGCUUCUCAGAGUGAUGAUGGCCCUCCUUGGUCCCGAUGUCAUCCUCUUGGACUCGCGCUUCAUCUGUAAAUACCCCACUGUCCAGCAGGAACAGAGGCGGAGUGAAACCCACCCUGAAUCUGGGCUCCCCUACGUGGCCUGGCAUCAGGAUAUGAGGUACUGGGCUGUCGCGGGCGGACCGGUGAUCUCCGUUUGGCUCGCCCUAGACGACACCACCAAGGAGAACGGGGCCCUGCAGGUCAUCCCAGGAAGUCACAAGUCUGGCAUGUUCCCGCAUCACCAAGCGCUCCGGCAUGGAAACAUGCUGACGGUCAACCAGGAGAUCCCGUCAGAACUGCUCCCCUCUCAGCAGGCCCUUCUGUGCCCGCUGUCCGCUGGGCAGAUGUCUGUUCAUGACGGCUUCUUGGUCCACGCCAGUGACCCCAACAUGUCUCAGAGGAGGCGCUGUGGCUUCGUGGUCCGCUACGUUUCCACCAGUGCCUUCCCCAUCGACGAUCCAGAUCGGCCCCGAAAAUUCCACUCCACGGUGCUGAUCUCUGGGACGGACCACUUCAAUCACUUCUCCAGCAAACGCACAUGA